AUGAGGACCAUAACUUCCUCGGGUGGCAAAGUUGAGACUGUGACUGUGAGGAGAACAGAGUCAUCGGAUGCACAUGCGAUCAAUAGCCUGAUCAGUCCUGCCACAGUAGCAGUAUUUGGAAGAGUAAAUGUCAUUCAUCUACUAGAGAAGGCCAAUCUGGCAGUGACCCUGAGCAAUGCGAAGAAUGAGGUCUUGGCCCAUUCUGCCUUCUCUGAUCACCCCAUUGGAGACAUUGUGGAUCAAGCUUGUUGGGAACCAUUCCUGCAUGACAAUUACAGUGCUGAAAAAUACACGCCUCUGAACACACUUUUCCUGCACCUCUUCGUGGCACAGCCGAUCUUCUCCAUCGGGAGUGCCAAAGAGAUUGUAAGAACUGUGUUCAAUGCUAUCACAGAGCUGCAAUACAUCUGCUUGGUCACCCCAACUAGUCGAUGUCUAGAGCGUGCACUGGUAACGAUCUUUGAGCCCAUGAAGAGUCUGAAGGAUCCAGGGCCCCAGUGUUCAGCAUUUGUGUGCCACAGACACAACUAUUGCCCAAGGCUGCAUGUCCGCCGAGCCAGGGUGGAGGAUCAUGAUGACCUCACACACAUCUUUGCGGAGCAGUCAAAGGCCCUCACAGGAUCCUAUGGGACUUACUUUCUGGCUGAACUCAUUGAGGCUCAGGACGACGAAAAUCAUGCAGCUGUUUGUGAGAAUGAGGGAACUGCUGUGGGUUUCAUCAGUGUGAGUGGUGACAUCAACUUGAAGCUGCUCAACGAGUGCUUUGAGCUUGGGCCCUUCAACGGUCUGUAUAAGCCCAGUCCAGAGGACCUGACUGAGACUGCCCCUGAGCCAGAGGGAGAUGGGACUCCAGGGGACACCAACACCAUCAGCCCACAGGAUAGCACUGGAGAGCCAGGGGACAGCCAGGCUUGUGCAGCAGAGCCUCAGGGUUCAGAAGUGACUCUGGAACCAAGAGUCUCAGUAACACCCAAUGCAUUCUGUAUUCAAUUAUUUGUCAUCUACAAGAAUUUUGAAAUGAGAUCGGUGGACUUCCUGCCCAAUAUAUUUAAACUUUUCCCUGACCGUGAUUUCUGCAUCAUCUCUGUGCCCAAGCUGGCCCCUGAGUUCCCCCUCCUCCAGAGCUUCCUCAGGGUAGUACCACACCACACCAGCAGCCUGCCGCAGGAGCUCUACAUCUUCCACCGCUCUGGCCUGCUCAAGACAUUUGUGGUGAGUCUGGCAGUGUCUGCAGACAGGCCUGCAGUCUGUGACAUGGUGAAGAAACUCAGCCUGCAUGAGAGCCUGCUGGAGGACCUGGACAUGUUCUACCAGGCCCAUAGAGACAUGGAUGGAACACCCUUGCAGGCAUUUGUAGCCCAAGUUCAGAACCAACUAGUUGGGAUUGUAAUCAUCAGAAAUGAGGAGGAUAUAGAUUACAUCCGAGCCAACUACAACAUUGAGAACUUCAUCUACUUCAGCCACCACCGCUAUGAGGAGCACGGCCAGCUGUGUCACUUUGCCCUCAACCCCAUCUUCCAGCACUACGCCAAACACUUCCUAAAGGAGGUCCUGCGGCUGGCACACAAAUCCUGCCUCUACUACCCAAUCUACCCCUCCUACCACAACCAGAAGGUGAGAGAAACAGACUGUAAAAACUCAUGUGCCCAUUACCUGACCUCUGUUCUUAACUGCAUGGUUCCGGUGCACCCGCGACGCCAGAUUGUCUACCCUCUGGAGGAGCUGGGCAUCAACGCGCCAUCCAAGCAGAUCACUAAGGACCAGGUCUCGUAUGCUCUCAACCACAUCAACCGAAAACUAACCAUGGAACCAAAAGUCACCAUCAAUGCCAGGAUCGUGGUAGUGGGGGCAUCAGACACUGGCUUAGCAUUUCUGGAGGUGCUUGCUUUCUGCCCACACCUGAGGUUCAAUAACAUGACUCUGAUCUCCACGCAUGGCUUCCCAGGCUACUACACCAAUGAAAAGAUGAGAUUCUUGUCCACGAGUCAUAGCUCCAGCGACAGGGACUAUGCCCAGAUGUCUCUACGCUCCUGGAUCAACGUGGUGACAGGCAAGAUGGUGGGCAUCGACAGGGCAGCCAAGCAUGUACUGGUAUCUGGGGGCAGGAAAGUGCCUUAUGAUCAUCUCAUCCUCUGUACAGGCCAGCAGUACCAGGUUCCCUGUCCCACUGGCAGUCUUCUUCCACCCAAAAGCCAGCUCCCAGCCCAGCCCCGCCGUAGAUACACCGGGCCCGUCCCAUCCAACCUCUUCACCCUCAACGACCACCACGACUGUGUGACCGCUUACCAGUGGCUGCUCAACAACUUUGUGAAGCUGAAGGGUAAUGCCAUAGUGUACGGCAACACCAUUGACGUGUACACCUGUGUGGAGACUCUGUUAUGCCUGGAUGUCCAAGGCUAUUGCAUCCAUCUGGUCCAUCUGCCCACCACGGAGGGCUCCAGCUGCAGCCCCAGCUCGUGCUUCAGCAACCCCACAGUGGAGAAGGCCAUGAAGAAGGCCUUGGAGAAGAGCGGGGUCCAUGUUCACCACAACUGCUUGCUGGCCCAGAUGAAUGACGGACAGAACCCUGAGCCAAUCACCUCCUUGUCCUUCACCAGUGACAGUCAGCCUCUCCGGCUGGAGUGCUCUGUGUUUAUGAACCUCUCCUCCAAAGGGGUGGACUACGAUGCCUUUAAGACCAUCAACGACGCCUGUCUGGUGUACGACGGCCGACUGGUCAUAGACACCACAUUCCAUACGAACGACUCCACCAUCCGCGCAGCCGGGCCCCUCACCAAGUUUGCCCGGCGCUAUCACGCAGACCAGUGGUCCCACUCCAGCUUCAACUCUAGGGAGGUGGGCCAGGAGCUGGCUGCUGCUCUGCUGCCCUUCUUCGACCCCACGCUGGAGCCGGCCGUCAACUCUCUAGCCGACCUGGACCGCCUCAUCCCCAUCUACACACAAGCCAAGAUCCAAGGUGGUAGACUGCCAGGAGGAUACAGUUAUCUCCAUGCUACCAAACCAGAGCAAAGGCCAUCUGCAGUUCACCCUGUAGAGGGAAGAGAGAUCCUGACUGGCCGCAUUGAGACUGGCAACUACUUCCACCUGCACCUGAACCAGUACGACAUGGUGGAGACAAUCACCUGUCUGUCACUGAAGCCCUUCCCAGUCUCCAACUACCUGUGUCUCUAUGGGAAACAUGAGCUGCUUCUCAACCGCCUGUGUUCCCGUUAUGAUGAAGGGCUGGUUCACGACCUCUACAUUUAUUUCAGGGAGAAAUGGUGCCUGGCGAUAUAUCAUGAUCGCUUUGCAGACUUUGAGCAGGAAAUGCACCAGAUAAUGGAAUCAACUAAAGACCACAAUGAUGUGUCCAUUUCAGAGCUCGUUCAGAGAAUGGUAGAUGAGAAGCUGGACAUUAUUGAGGAACCGAACGUGUUUCUCAAGAAGGUGUUUGAAACAAGUGGGGGAUUGGCUUCCUUGAAGACCAGCACUCUGAAUUACCUGAGGUACAACAGGUACCACCUGACUAUGUAUGCCCAGCCUGGACUACUGUAACUGCUCCUACAUCUUAUCUUACCUCAACCCACAUUUUAAAUGACAUAUUCAUAACAUAGAAAUAUUCCAUUGUUUUUAUUUAAUUAAAACGUUGUAGAAUCAUCCAACUGUAGUAAAAACAUUGACAUUCAAUUGAGUUAAUUUGAACAGAAAAUACAGUAGCCAAUGUUUUUAAUAAAUGUACUUGUGAUUUUAGAUAGACAAGAAUAUUAGGUUAUGUACACACUUUUAGCAUGAACAAGAACACUAACUUGUAGUUGUCUUAAUUUUAUGAGAAGUUAAGGUUGACUGAUUUGAGAAAACAGAGAAAACAAAACAAUCCUCAUUAAGUGUUAUAAUAAAGUCACAACGAAUUGUCAAAUGCAGCUUUCUCACAUAACAGUUUUUGCUCAAAUUCGCAUUAAAGG